AAUACAUCCACGAUGUAAAAUCUGACGACCCAUUUCAUCAUCUUCCACCUGAACAUUAUUUAAAUUCGCAGUCAACAAAACACCAAGAAAUCGAGUUGACUACUUCCGAUUCAAACCGUAGCAGGUGAAAGAAAACCAUAAUCGAAGGAAAAAUUCCACGGAUUCACCUAAUUUUGCGGUUUAUUUGUGGUUUACACAACUAAUUUGAUGGGUAGUAGUAGUAAGGAGGUGGCGUUACGGCUGAAGACAGCGGCGGAGACGGCGAUCGGAUCAAUUGGGUUAGGGUAUGACCUGACUGAGGAUUUGAGGUUGAAAUACUGUAAAGGGAAGUCGCCGGAAUCGAGAUUAAUCGGUAUAGAUGAUGAACAGGUGAGGGAUAUACUGAUUCCAGGUGGGAUUUUGAUUCAAAAUGUAUCAAAAUCGAUUAAUUGUGAUAAAGGUGAAAGGAUGCGAUUCAGCUCAGAUACCCUCUCUUUUCAGAAGAUGUCGGAGCAAUUUAACCAGGAUGUAUCACUUUCCGGCAGAAUUCCGACCGGCCAACUGAACGCUGCAUUUGAAUUCACGGGAUCAUGGCAGAAAGAUGCUGCAAAUACAAAAUCUCUCGCUUUAGAUGGCGUCUUCAUCACACUUUACAAUAUCAAGCUUGAAAAAUCCCAAAUUGCUUUACGUGAUCAUGUCAAAAACGCAGUUCCUUCCUCAUGGGAACCUGCAGCAUUGGCCAAGUUUAUCGAAAGGUUUGGCACCCAUGUAAUUUCGGGUGUAAAAAUGGGAGGAAAAGACGUUGUGUAUAUGAAACAACAACAUUCAUCAACUCUCUCGUUGGAUGAGGUGCGAAAUAAGCUAAAAGGUGUAGCGGAAAAGAGAUUUAGUGGACAACAUAAUGAUAACCCUAGAGAGACGCAUGAUUCGGAGCUGCUUGAAAGAAACGACUACGGCUUGAUAAACUUGAAUCCACCAAUUGAGGAUAUAACUCUUUUUUGGAGGAGAAAAGGGGGAAGCUAUGGAAAAAACCUCGACCAUCGCACAUGGUGUCAAACGGUUCAACUCGAACCUGAAGUCAUCUCAAUGUCGUUUAUUCCAAUCACAUCAUUAUUAAGUGGAAUAGAUGGAAACGGAUUUUUAACUCACGCCAUCAAUCUUUAUAUACGUUAUAAGCCACCAAUUGAAGAGCUUCAGCAGUUUUUAGAGUUUCAACUUCCGACAAGAUGGGCACCAGAGUUUGGUGAGCUUGCAGUGGGUCCCGAGGGUAAACAGCACAACGCAGCUUUGCAGUUCAGAUUUUUGGGUCCGAAGCUCUAUGUUAACACGAAUCAGGUGGAUGUCGGAGAUAAUCCAGUAACAGGCCUUCGUCUUUACCUAGAAGGAAAACGAAACGACUGCUUAGCGAUCCAUUUACAGCAUCUUUCCUCCAUGCCCAAAAGCUUCAAACUCAAAUCCGAACCAAACCCUAACUCAUCCACAAACCCUAAAGACAAAAGGUACUACGAGAAAGUCCAAUGGAAAAGCUUCUCACAUAUUUACAGUGCUCCGGUUGAAUCCGACGAUGAACUCUCCAUCGUCACCGGCGCCGAGUUCGAAGUCAGCGACUCAGGUUUAAAACGAGUUCUCUUCUUACGCCUCCGGUUCGCAAAAGUGGUGGGGGCGACGGUGGUGAGGCAACCGGAGUGGGACGGGUCACCGGUUUUAUCUCAGAAAUCCGGGAUCGUUUCGACGUUGAUUUCUGGUAGGUUUUCGACCGGUCAGAGACCACCGCCGGAUCCGAGAGUGGUGAACAUGAACUCGGCGUUACCUGGUGGACCACCGGUGUCGGCUCAUGGAAAGAAGCUUUUGAAGUUUGUUGAUACGACGGAGUUGACGAGAGGGCCGCAGGAUAUGCCGGGAUAUUGGGUGGUGUCGGGGGGACGGCUGGUGGUUGAAAAGAGUAAGAUAUCGCUGCGUGUGAAGUUUUCUCUUUUGACGGUGGUUUCCGGUGAUGAGGAAACGUUGGAAUGAAGAAUGAAGCGUCGUCGUUUCCGGUGGAUAUGUGGGUUUAGAUUUGUUAUUUGAUUUGUUGGAUCCAAAACUUAGAAUUUUGUUGUUUU